AUGCUGCGUGUUGUCUCGACACUUCGGACUACCUUGACGCGCCGAGUGCACGGCGCGGCGACGCUGGUACAGGUGGCGAAUGAUUCCAGUAACUCGCCCACCUCUUCUCAAGACAAUGAAAAAAGUCUAGUUCGACUAGCAAAGCUGAUGGCGCAGAAGGGCCUCUGUUCUCGGCGUGAAGCUGAAGCGUAUAUCCAAGCGGGUGAUGUACUGGUCGAUGGCGAACGCGUGCAAGCGGAUUGGCUUAAAGUACCUGUAGACAGCGAUGUCUCUCUCGAUUUCCGAGCACAAAGACACCAGAACAAAAAGGUGACGCUAGUGUUGAACAAACCUUUGGGCUAUGUGUCAUCCCAACCGGAGCUUAACAAGACUCCAGCCGUCCGAUUGCUCACGUUCGAGAACGAAUGCCAAGAGCUGAGUCGUGUCAAGCCUCGCCAGAACGUAGAGCCUGUGGCUCUGUGGAAAAUGGCCGUCUGCGGCCGUCUGGACGUCAACUCGACGGGAUUGCUGCUAUUCACGCAGGACGGGACAGUGGCGAAGAAGUUGCUGGACCCAAAGGGCGGCAUCGAGAAGGAAUACCUCGUGCGUGUAGAUCUUAACUUGGACCCAUUGACAGACAAGAUACGCAGAAAAAUUGAGGUAUUGCAAGCCGGUGUCACGUCGGACGAGGGUAUCACGUAUCGUGCCAAGUCGGUGGAGAUACUGAACGCGAACCAACUGCGAGUGGUACUUACGGAGGGCAAAAAUCGACACAUUCGCCGCAUGUGCGAGCAUGUCGGCCUGCGUGUGAUGGCACUCAAACGUGUGCGUAUUGGCGGCGUGAAGCUUGGCUCGCUGCCGGUAGGACAGUGGAGAUACUUGCAGCCGAAUGAUACAUUUUAG